ACCAUACUAUGAUGGGUAACAAAAUUCAUUCCGUGCUGUUGAAUGCUGAAUACAGCGAAAGGGCCGCCCCCAAUUUCAAGUACACCCAUCCGUAAAAAUGUCUUACGUGAAUUCUAAAAUAAGCCCUCUAAUAUAUAAUAACGUCCCAUAGUCUGGUUCCUUCGGUUUUCAAAACUCAAUUCUAUUCCAUUCUUCAGUCCAUGCCAGGGUCUAUUCUAAGUCCAUCGCGAAUGCACGGCUAGGAGAUAUAGGCAUCGGAUUUGCGACUUAGAUUAAACCAGGCAGUGCGGGCUCAGUAGAAUCUCAGCAUUGGGCUAGCAAGAUAUGGCUCACUUCGUAGUUGCAACGUUAGCAUGCCUUGCGACGAGUACGUACGCGCUGCCCUCGGCGACAAAGGAGUGCGCGGUGACGACAGAAUGGACGGGUUGGAAGGAUAUCAAACAUGCCUUCAUCUUUGGGGAUAGCUAUACACAGACAGGAUUCAACUACACGCAAACUCCUCCCUCACCUUCUAAUCCGUUUGGGAACCCAGAGUAUCCGGGAUGGACGUCGUCGAAUGGGCCCAACUGGGUUGGAUAUCUGACCGUCAAGUACAAUGCGUCACUCUUACAAACUUACAAUCUAGCUUACGGAGGUGCGACUGUCGACUCAGAUCUUGUUCAGCCUUAUACACCUACCGUCUUGUCGGUUAAGCAACAAGUACAGGAAGAGUUUAUCCCGGGCUACACGGGUGCUUCUGCUACAGCGCCAUCUGCACCUAAAUGGACAAGUGCCGAUUCUAUAUUUGCCUUCUGGAUUGGUAUCAACGAUGUUGGGAACUCGUAUUGGGCUGGGUCAGAGUCCUCGGGUCCUUUAUACACUAAGAUCUUUGAUGUUUACUCAGGCUUAGUUGAUCAGCUCUAUGACAGUGGCGCCAGGAAUUUCGUCUUCAUCAACGUCCCGCCUGUGGACCGCAGUCCGUUAACAGUUGGCCAGGGUGAACAAUCUGUGGAGACGGAGAAAGAAGCGAUCGCAGAUUGGAACAAACGCGUAGCAGAUACAGCCGCUACAUUGAAGAGCAACCACACAGACGAAGUCAAUGUCUGGGUUUAUGAUUCAAAUAAGAGCUUUUCCGAGGUUUUGGAUAAGCCGAGCACAUACGCGCAAACUGCUGGCCUUAAGAAUACCACCAGUUAUUGCGAUGCGUAUCAAAAUGGCACGCCCGAUGACGACACGUUUACCCCUAGCUGUGGAGUUGCUGUGAACGAAUAUUUCUGGCUCAAUAACUUACAUCCAACUUAUCCUAUCCAUGAUGUAGUUGCUCAGCAGGUUGCGGAGGCUCUAUCGGUAGGGCCGACUGUAUGCUAAUUCGCCAAGAUACUAUGGGAUAUUUUACCACUAGAAGUAUCCACUCGUUCUGUGGCGGAGGACGAGGGUAAUAGGAUAUGGACAUUGGUUGCGAGUUACGGCACAGCCACGUAUCAUUAUGAUUCAUAAUGAUUCAUACCCGAUCUUAUCCGAUCAAUAACUUUCCCAAUAGGGGCUUACUCGUUGUUCUCACGGCACUCCUAAGGCAUAUAUUCCUUAUACUCAAUUAGAUUCAAUAGCGGAUCCCUGCUCACCCUAUAUAAAGUAGUAUUCUUAAUAGGCACUACCAAUCCUCUUGAAUCAUGUGGCGGUCAAAUGGGCAGAGUCAUUUUAGCUACGCGCGUGGAAGUGAGAGGCUAACACCGACAGUGGAAGGCUGAAUCUUACAUUAGGAAAGGGGGUAAAACACAACCUCCCUAACGAGAUUUAGAGACGACGUCAAAGAGCCGGAAGCUCGGAGUGUCAUGACGGAAUCAACAUAUCAAAUUCAACACA